AUGCAUCUCCGAUCCCUCCUCAUCUCCUUCAGCGUGCUCGCUGCCGCAACACCAAUCCUCUCUCCUCGGUCAGACACAAACACCUACAACAUAACAACCGACCAAAUCCUCAGCAUCGCACCUAACUCAUCCACCUGCGCCAACCCACCUGCCGUCGGCGAAUGCGCAACAGCUGAGCAGGCCGCGCCAGCCAUCAGCGCCUCGUUCAGCACGUACAGCGUCGACUCGCGCGCCGAACAGGCCGCUCUCGUGGCUCUCAUGGCCUUUGAGACGUUGGAUUUCAGGUAUAACCGGAAUCAUUUCCCGGGUGUAGCCGGACAGGGCACACGAAACAUGCAAUCACCCACUUACAACGACAAAUACGCUGCCUCCAUCCCCGCGCUGAGCGAGCAAUACGCGUCGGCCACAGGCAACGUAACUGCCAUUCUGGACCUGUUGGUGGCCGACGAUAGCUACGACUUUGGUUCUGCAGCGUGGUUCCUGACGACGCAGUGCAGUGACAGUGUGCGUGCGGAGCUGCAGCAGGGUUCGGAGAGUGGGUGGGAAGGGUAUAUCACUUCGUGUGUUGGGACGACAGUGACAGAUGAGAGGAAGGAUUAUUGGCUGAAGGCUGUGGAUGUUUUGGGGGUUGGCAGUGAGUAG